AUAGUUUGGUGAUUAUGGAGUAUGACUCUGCAUCGAACUGUGAAGGUCGUCUGAGAGAUUUGGAAGCUUCAGAAGAUCAGCCGCAUUUAAGAGAAGUACAAAAGCUCGAACGUUCAACCUGUACUACAAGUACUGCACCAUGGCAGCCUCUACAAGUUGUGGUACCACAACCAAAGCUCAAACCAGGGGCAACAACAAACAAGAGUCUUUCCUCCCAGGUGAUGGAGUAUUAUAACAAAUAUUCUCAGAAUGCAAACUUGGACCAGUAUUUUUCAUUACCUACAGCCAGUACAUCACCGGAAGCAAUUAACUGUUACUAUAGUAUAUAUGAAGUGAAUCCUAAACUAGAGGCUAACAGACAAGAUUGUAUAGGAGAAGAGUAUAAUUUAAGAUCUUAUGUACCUAGAGAAAGAAGAAGAUGGGUAAGGCCACCACUUAUCGGCCAAUCUUCCAAUACAGAAUCAUCCUCUAGGUAUGUUCAACCAUUGUCAAAUUCUGUAUCUCCAUCACCUGAUUUAAAAGGUAUCACACCAGAGGUAAUUUUAGAAGAGAAGAACGAAAGUCAAGAGAUACUGACAGAGAGUGCAGAAAGGAAAAUAUCUUCUCCAACAUCUAGCAUCGCUUCUCACAAGCCGCUUGAAUGGGACAGUGGAGCAGAUGUUGGUUACUUCAAUCUAUUACCUAACAGUAAACAGAGUGACAAAAAAUUAAGUACAAUUGAACGCAUGGCUUUAGCUAGAGGUUGUUCUGCUGCUCUAAGAUUAGAUCCUGAAGGUACCACAGAGUCAGGAAUCACCGGCAAACUUGCAGGAGUUCAGAAGAAUUCAAGCACAUCUAUGACUCCAGAUGCUAAUUCCACUUCUUUGCUUGGGAAUGCGUCAGGGUCAGAAAGUGAGAUAGAAAUUACUCCGAUUGUGAAGAAUCAUAUACCAGGAAUAAUAGCAGGUAAUGGUAUAAAGUCCAUUGAAAGAUCCCUGCCCAGAGAUCUUAAGCAGCAAGAAAUUUUCGCGCAGUAUUCAAAGAAAGAGCACAAUCAUGACACCCUUAAAUCGACGUUCGCGUCUAAGAUACCUUUUGCAAAGCUCUCGACCGAGGUAAGGAAAAUACCGUGCAAACCGAACACGAACAAAGACAAUAUAUGCCCUCCCACGUCGCCUUUAAAAAAGAGUACAUCGAUGAAUACGUUAGUUCUGCCGCCUUCUAAAUUAACGUUAAAAAGAAGUCAGAGUGAGUUGAAUUUAUACGCUAGGGAUAAAAGCAGGGCUGCGUUGCCUCUAAUUUUUAACUCUUCGUCCUCGAUCGCCACUAUUGUAAAUAAACCUUCAACUUGUGAUAAAGUAAUACAGACGAGUCUGUAUGCUUGCGCUCAAGAAUCCGUGGGCGUUCAAGUCUCUGUUUCAGAGGAGGAGGAGAAGCCACCGUUACCAAAGAGAGGAACUAGUUUGCAAAAGGUUCUGGCAUUGAUCUCGAGGAAUCCAAAAGGAACGUACAAAGUUCAGAAUUCGAGGAAGCAGGAAGCCAAUGAACCGCGCGACAAAGAAGCCAAACCGCGGCACAAUUAUUCGGAACCGGUGCAGAAUGGCUCUUCGGCGCGAACGCCUCAGCCUGACGACGUGGAGGAUACAACGGGCAGAGCGAACAGUUUCGAGUAUUUUCCUGGUCACGUAUACGAGAACGUGCCUAACGGAAGUGGUAGUCACAUCUCGUCUACCGACACAGGAAGAUCUCGUUCCACUCUACCGAACACGAGCUCCAGUAUUAACGAGAAAUUAUGGGGAGACUCGGACAGCCUGGUGAGGGAUCUAGAACGAAGCGUAAAUAUCUUGAAGAGUCUCGUCGACGCGAACAAAUACGACAAGGAAGUUAAGAAAAGACUGAUACAUCACGUAGUGAAGAGACUAAUCACCGCAAAGUACACCGACGAUAAAAUUGAGCACAAUCUGGAGGAUAACGUUCCGUGGAACCCGGACGACGCCAGGAACAAAGUUUACGGAAGGGAGAUACUUGAGGCUUUAACGAAGAAACAGAAUACCAGCGAUUCCUCGAGAGAUUGGAAUCCACAGAAGGGAGUAGCGCGAGGAAAGUCGACGAGAAACAGCAGGGGUAUCUUGAAAGACGUUGCUCUGGGAAGCAGCAGCGAUAAAUUGGAUAAGAACACGGAUAGAACGGAGACUGACGGUAGGAAAGCGAGGAUGGGUCUUCGAUCGGACGAUUGUCACAGGGGUAGCAACACUACGAUUGAGAAAAGCGAAAGUUCGGAAUGUUUUGUUCCACAGAGAAGUAGUCGUAAGGGAAACAAAGUACAGGAUAUAUUUUGCACUAAAGAAAGAUGUAAAAUUUCACAGGGCGAUUCGACGACGACGAAUAGCACUCCGCCUGAUCAUAACAGGAUGCUGCUGGACGCGGUUGUUAACAACAGAAGAACAAGAGUUCGUUCCAGUGACAACUCUGGGGAACAAGCUGAUUGGAGACUUCUCACCACGUUCUCAGAGAGACAAUUCGAGCUGAAGAAAUGCGGCAAUUCCGAUUCCGGGGAUUCGAAGCUGGUCAGUUACGCUGAAAUGGAGAAGAGGAAUCAGUUGAUUUGGAUCACGAACGAAAUCAGCCACUUGUGCAACCUGAAGAAGCUACUGGAGGAACCACGAAGACCUGAAAGAUCGCGAGCAUCACCGAAGAAGUCGAGAUCGGGGAACUUCAAGUCGAAAGAAGAGGAUUAUUUGCAGAGGAAUGGAUCAGACAUGAGAAUGAAUUCGGUAGAGGAACCGUGGUCGUCUCAUUGCAAUUUAGCAGCUUGUCAACUGUCCAGCAGAUCUAACAGCAUCAUUCAACGGAUCAAAAAACGAAACAGCUGUGCACAAACUGCAACGAACGUGACUGGUGCUCACUCGAAGACUGGCGGUGAGAUAGUAUCUGCGUCGAACAUCCAGAAUUCGACGAUGAAAUUGGUCAGUACCGGAGUGCAGACUGUUCCUCAGGAAAUGUCCACGAUUCCAGCUCUGAUACAGUCAGAAAUCGUGCACUACGUCAAGUGUCCGGCGCACAAUGCGUUGCACUUUCCGAACAGCUAUGCAAAGUGCAACGAUCAAGCCAGUCAAUGUAUAAAACAUCAAACCAUUCAGAAUAUGGUAACCACUUGCAUGCAGUGCGUGCAAGAGCAGAAAGAUCGGUCGAGCAGCGUUCAAAAGGUGCACACGAACGUGGAGAACUUCCGGGAGGAGAGUCCUGCGGGAACUGAAACAUCGUCGGAACGCAUGAUCGGUAACAGCGUCAGUUCAUCCGAGAUAAUUCAUCACUGCGUGAACAAGGAGGUUCAGACGAGCCCGUUUAGGCAGAAGGAAGCCAAGAAUCAGAUAAACGCCUCGAAGUUGAAAUUCUGCGAUUGCAAAGCCGGUCACGGUUGUAAAUGCGAGAGCAAAAGAGCAUUGUCCAAGGCAUGCCAAUCGUGUACGACACAGGUGACUAAUUCGAAGCACGAGGAAUGCCAGAAGAAGACAAUGUAUCAUCCUCGAGACAGAGAGGAAGGCAAUUGGAAGGAGUGCAACUGCACGAGCGUAUGCAACUGCGAGAGCGAACAGCAGAAAAAGGGACGGGCACCGAUGAGACAUAGUUCAAAGUAUUAUCAGAGUAGCAACGGAUACAUAUCGAGCUUGAAUCAAAAGAAGUUGUGCGGCUGUUCGAACGAUUGUACCUGCGAGAACAGCCGUGGCGAACCGGAUGUCCAAAAUGCGAAAGCGUUCUGUGGUUGCCAUACGAAUGGAAAGAUGCAGUACAAUGGUGUUCGUCACUAUGCACACUGUGCGGAAACGGAACCGGACGAACCGUGGCCUUAUCGCGUGAACAAUGGGCAAGCAGCCAGCGAAGCUUCACAGUACAAAGUACAAAACAGCUUAAAAUGUGAUUGCGAGAAGGAUUGUUUUUGUAGCAACAGAGGGAAAAACGGGGAGGAUGUGUCGCAUAGGAGGGCGUGCAACAGCGGCAAACCAAAUUACGUGGACGAGGCGAACCAAACCAGCGAUUCCGAUAGAAAUUGUAAAUACUGUCGCCACUGUGGCGCACCGUAUCAGAACCUGAGGAAAUGUAGUUGUAAUCAAACGUAUCCGAAAGCUAUCGCGUACGAAUUGUCGUUCUCGGAGGAGAACGAACGAAGGAACGACAAUUCGGCCGCGUUGCCAAAAGUGCCAUUAUCGAAUCGUACCGUAAACGAGGGUAAAACAGAGGGCUGUGUUUGUAACAUGAUUAAUAAGAAAGCUAGCUCGAGGAAAAACUCGCCGCAAAAGAAUACGUUACAAGAUUAUUUGUCCAAGAAUAAAGCAGAAUUCGUGAAUAAUGCGGAAACGCGUCGGCAGUACAUGUCCGAGAUAUGUCAUUUGCGACAAUUGCGAAAGGAAAAGCGAAUACAGUUAUUGGCGAUGGCUACUACGUCGAACGUUCUGAGACCACCGAAAGUUUCUUCGAAACCGACAAUUUACACGCAGAAGAAGGUGAGCGACGAGCAGAUGAGGGAGAGACUGAGGAAACGGUAUCUCCGUUUGAACGAGGUGCGACAGAAGAAGCGGCAACAGGAGAAGCAAGAAGAGGCGCGACGUAAUAUGCUGAUGGCCAAAAUAUUUUGCAAGAAAUUGCAGCAGAAGGUACUGAGGGGACAAGUAGAUCUGUCUCAAAGCGUCAGCGUUAUAUCCAAUAUGUAA